GCCCUCGGCAGUGCCCAUUUCGUAUUCAUUAACAAUGCCGGAAAAGAUCAAAUUCCUCUCCCCAUUGCAAUUCUGAAUUGUCAACUAUUUCUCAGUUCGUGAACUCGAGCAAUCGGCGGCCACUGCUGCAAACUUUCCUUCCUCCGCCGGAGAUCAUCCUUCCAGUUUUCUAUGUCUCAGAUCUGACCCUAAUCGAGCUCGUAGUCUUCAAGAAUGGAGUUUUGUGGUGGAUUUAGGAUCUGGGUCUUGACCGUGUGCUUGAUAUUUCAAUCUGGAUAUGGGUUUUAUCUUCCGGGAAGUUACCCCCUCAAACAUAUUGUGGGUGAUGAGUUGUCCGUGAAAGUUAAUUCCAUAACCUCAAUCGAUACCGAAAUGCCAUUCAGCUAUUAUAGUUUGCCUUUUUGCAAACCUGAGGGGGGUGUUAAGGACAGUGCUGAAAAUCUUGGUGAGCUUCUAAUGGGGGACCGGAUUGAGAGCUCGCCAUAUAUGUUUAAGAUGUACACGAAUCAGACAGACGUGUUCUUGUGUCUGACAGAUCCAUUGUCUGAUGACCAGUUUAAGACCUUAAAGAAGAGGAUUGAUGAGAUGUAUCAGGUGAAUUUGAUCCUGGACAAUUUACCGGCAAUCCGGUAUACCAAGAAAGAGGGCUAUCCUUUACGUUGGACAGGGUAUCCUAUAGGAAUCAACGUGAAGGGUUCCUACUAUGUCUUUAACCAUUUGAAAUUUAAAGUUCUUGUUCACAAAUACGAGGAUUCCAACGUGGCGAGCGUAAUGGGAACUGGUGAUGCUGCAGGUGUGAUCCCAACAUUAAGUAAACAGGGACUAGAUGCCCCAGGAUACAUGGUUGUUGGAUUCGAGGUUGUACCCUGCAGUCCUUUGCUCAAUGCGGACUUGGUUAAGAACUUAAAGAUGUACCAAAAGUAUCCAAAUUCUAUUCAAUGUGACCCUACCAGUGUAUCAACGCUUAUUAACAAAGGCCAACCAAUAGUGUUCACUUAUGAGGUUACAUUUGAAGAGAGUGACAUCAAGUGGCCUUCCCGAUGGGAUGCUUAUUUGAAGAUGGAGGGUUCAAAAGUUCAUUGGUUCUCAAUCUUGAACUCUUUGAUGGUAAUAACGUUUCUAGCUGGUAUUGUUCUUGUAAUUUUCUUGAGGACUGUUCGACGAGAUCUUACACGUUAUGAGGAGCUUGACAAGGAGGCUCAAGCGCAGAUGAACGAGGAGUUAUCUGGUUGGAAGCUUGUUGUGGGGGAUGUUUUCCGUGCUCCAGCCAAUCCUGCACUUUUGUGUAUUAUGGUUGGCGAUGGAGUUCAGCUUCUUGGGAUGGCAGUUGUGACCAUAUUGUUUGCUGCUCUUGGAUUCAUGUCCCCAGCAUCCCGUGGAACACUUAUUACAGGUAUGCUAUUUUUCUAUAUGAUUCUCGGUAUUGCAGCAGGUUAUGUUGCUGUACGUCUUUGGAGAACUAUCAGUAUUGGUGACCACAGAGGAUGGGUUUCGGUCUCGUGGAAGGCUGCUUGUUUCUUCCCUGGCAUUGCCUUUCUAAUUCUUACCACACUGAAUUUUCUAUUAUGGCGUAGUCAUAGCACCGGUGCCAUUCCAUUUUCGCUCUUCGUUAUUCUACUUUUGCUGUGGUUCUGUAUAUCAGUUCCUCUUACUCUUGUUGGUGGGUAUUUUGGUGCCAAGGCACCACAUAUUGAGUAUCCUGUUCGAACGAAUCAAAUCCCUCGGGAAAUUCCACCUCAGAAGUACCCAUCAUGGCUGUUAGUCCUUGGCGCUGGCACUCUUCCUUUCGGUACCUUGUUCAUCGAACUCUUCUUUAUCAUGUCUAGCCUCUGGAUGGGCCGUGUUUAUUACGUUUUCGGGUUUCUCUUCAUAGUGUUGGUGCUUCUUGUUGUUGUCUGUGCUGAGGUAUCUCUGGUUCUAACCUACAUGCAUCUAUGUGUGGAAGACUGGAAAUGGUGGUGGAAGUCUUUCUUUGCUUCUGGUUCAGUUGCCAUAUACAUCUUCUUGUACUCGAUUAACUAUCUGAUAUUCGAUCUUAAGAGCUUGAGCGGACCUGUCUCAGCCACUCUCUACCUCGGUUAUUCACUCUUCAUGGUUCUUGUAAUCAUGUUCACAACUGGAACAGUUGGAUUCCUCUCGUCGUUCUGGUUCGUGCACUACUUGUUCUCUUCUGUGAAGCUGGACUGAAUAAUCCUCGUGCCCAAAAAUUCACAAACCAACAAGAAGCGCAGCGGUGUUCGAGGAGUGAAAGCAGUUAGCUCUUUGCAGAUGGAUGAUCUAUCGUGUGUUAGUCUUAUUUCUUCAUUCGAAUUCAACAGGGAACUAGAUAAUCUAGCAACAGUACUUGGUCACAAGUUUUGCUUCCUCUUGUUUUGUGGAGCUCAUUGUAUGACAUUCUAAACCUGAGUUUAUUUACAGUCUUUGUUAUAGAAAAAACCAAUAGUAGAUCAAAAUCAGUGGUGGGUAGUUUACAACUAAAGGGUUGACACUGGAUUUUUGCUUUA